AUGUCGACAAGCACCUUCUGGAGCCGCUUUGGAAUCGAGGAAGAAGAUGCUGCGCGGUGUGUAAGAGCUGUGCGAGAUGUGUUUGUUGGCUGGCGGGUAAGGGAGUUUGAAGAGCAGGGGUGGUGUAGCUUCACGUUGAUCGUUGAGCGAGACGCGGAGACCGAGGGCGAUUAUCGAUUUCCCGAAAUCCAGUUUGAUUCUGGAGCCACAUCUCUGAUCGUUCAAAUCAGGCCCCCUCAGCAUGCUCUUGAAAUGAGCAUCACACGGGCAGCAGAAGUGACAUUCCCGUCACUGGCACCGACCAUUCAGAGUCUGGAUAUUGAAUUGCCCGGAGGAUUGCACGCAAAUGCGAUGAACAGAAUGCCUGGCACUCCUCUGUCUCGCCUACUUCCUCGCGAUCAGAACACUGGCCCUGUCCUCCAGACCAAGCAAGAACGACUUGUUAGGAGCUUUGCAGCAAUCAUAGCGCACAGCUGGGGAUCUUCUUCCACAUCAAUCCCACACUCCCAACACACGCGAGCUGACUCACCCAUGGACGACAAGCCAUCUAUGCUAUCCCUUUGCAAAGGUAAAGUCGGCUCGACGAUCAUCUCUCGGCUUCGAAAGCUAGGUGAAGAGCUACCUGACGCUCCACUAAGAGAUCUUGCGCAGAGCACUUUGGCCAAAGUCCAACGCUUGGAUGACUACCUCGUUGUGCUGAAUCACGGCGACCUCAUCCCCUCCAAUAUACUCGUCGACGAAGAUACAUGGGUCAUCACUGGCUUGGUAGAUUGGGCGGAAGCAGAAUAUUUGCCGUUUGGAACGUGCUUGUAUGGAUUGGAGAAUUUGCUUGGAUAUAGCGGUACUGCAGGCGGAUAUGUGUACUACGAGAAUGAGGCGCAACUGAGGGAUAUGUUCUGGAAGUGCUUGUUCGAAGCGGUGCCGGAACUGAAAACCGGGGAGCAUGAUGUGAGGACGAUGAGAGAUUUGGGCGUCUUGCUUUGGUAUGGUAUUGCGUGGGAUGACGGGGCAAUUGAUCGCGUUGUCAAUGAGACUGAAGAUGAGGGUGAAGUAGCAUGCCUCCGAGCAUUCCUGAGCUCCGUGUAG